GUCGUCAUCACAAAUGCCUACUCAGGAAAACUUUUAAGUUUCUUCACAACGCCCGUAUAUUACGUGGACAUUAAUACUUUAGAAGAGGUAGCAGACAAAAUCGAAGUUGUUCAUACAUUCUUAAAUGUACUAAACCCGUUAGCAGAUGGGGAUAUUUCAGACUCAAUAAAGGCUAUUGAAAGAAGAGCUAAAAGUAUGCCGGCUGUAGACAAAAUGGGAAAUAAUCAAGUUGAUCAGGCGAAACUCUUUUUGAAAGAGAUUCGUGAGCGCGGUAAAGGCGCAAUGAUUCUCCAAAAACUUGUCAUCCCAUUUUUCUCCCAGCUCCCAGAUGAAGAGAGCGGGAAUGAGUGCCUGGUGAGCCCCGGGUUCGAAGCCCCGACCGUCGCCAAAGGAGACGCCAUUUUGGAGGUGGCCAACGCCUUCUUCUCCCGCCUGGUGGAGGGCGGCUUCUACGAGCAGUGGCGAGCGCUGCAGUGGCACAAGAUGGCGGCCAAUGGCGUGACGCGUCCGCUUGGGAGCGCGGGGGCGAGGAAGACAGCGCCGAAGCCGCUGGCGCGGGAGCAGUUGGCGGGGCCCUUCCUGUUGCUUUCUAUAGGGCUCGCUCUGGCGGCGGUGGCUCUAGCCGCGGAGCUCCUGUGCCGCCCGGCGUCACUCAGCAAGCCGAGCCACUUCCUCUUGCAUAGGCGCCGACACGCCUGGGAG